AUGCAGUACACGGGCAGCUUCUACCGCGGGCAGCGCGUCAACGGCAGGUUGGAAGGAACGGGGACCUACACCCUCCCCACCGACACCAAGUACGAGGGCGAGAUGAAGGACGGGAUGUUCCAUGGGAAAGGAACCCUCUACUUCCCCGGCGGCAGCAAAUACGAAGGGAUUUGGGACAAAGGCAUCUGUGUGGAGGGGAAAUACACCUUCUCUGAUGGUUUGGAAUAUAAAGACAACAAGUGGCAUUACUGCGAUGGCUACGACCGGAGGUUUUACACAGAAAUCUGCAACGGCCUGAAGCCAGCAGGGAUUUCCCAGCUGACCGACCUGGAUCCUCCCCGGCGCAUUCCCACCGGCUGCUACGACUGCGGAGAUGGUUUCUACAACCCGAACACCAGAGUGGUGGUGGAUUACCGGCACCGCUUUCUGAGAAAUGCAGAUGAUGACGAGCACGACUGGAUUGUGAAGACGUGCCGGAAAGGCUGGGACGAAUGCGUUGGCUUCAAGCCGAAGAAGUGAGCUGGGCGG